AUGGCUAUCGACAAGUUCACAAAAUGGAUCGAAGUCAAGCCAGUGACAGCCACUACAGCAGCCAAGGCAACCAAGUUCAUUGAGGAGAUAUCACACUGGUUUGGGGUACCCAACUGGAUCAUCACUAAUCUAGGUACUUCAUUCACGGGCUCCGAGUUCUGGGAUUAUUGCCAAGAAAGCUGCAUCGACGUCUACUAUGCCUCCGUGGUGCACCCUAGGAGAAACGGCCAAGUUGAAAGGGCCAACGGCUUGAUCCUUCAGGGGCUCAAAGCUAGAAUUUUCGAUCUGAUCGAAAAAUACAGUGCAAAGUGGCUCCGAGAACUACCCAGAGUAGUUUGGGAACUCCGCACACAAAGAAGCCGGGCUACCGGCUACUCACCAUUCUUCAUGGUGUAUGGUUCUGAAGCAGUCUUGCCAUCGGACAUAGCUUUUGGUGCUCCGUGCAUCCAGAACUACGACGAGAAUGAAGCCGAAGCGACUCGAUGCACGGACAUCGACUCAGCAGAGGAGCACCACCUGACGACCUCCAUCCAGCACGCGAGAUAUGAGCAGCAGCUCCGGCGCUAUCAUGAAUGCAAAGUUCACGAGCGCGACUUCAAUGUCGGCGACCUGGUUUUACGACGAAUCCAGUCGACCACCGGCGCUCACAAGCUGUCGUCCCCAUGGGAAGGCCCCUUUGUAGUCAGUGGGAUAGUGGUUCCUGGAACCUACCAAUGUCACCAGCGAUGA